GAGGAGGCAGUGUCCUCUACACCUGGAUUUUCCGAGGGCAGGGAGAACCUUUCAGGUGUCUCUAUAAAAUGCUCCCAUUUAGGACCACAAAACAGACUCAACAAGGCUUCAAAAUCCUCUCUGGGAUCAUAACAAAGAACUUUCCAUUGAGCAGAAAGGACAAAGCACAAGCAUCCAUUGUCAGCCAUGCAUACACUGUGGUUUUUACUGUUGGCAGUUAUCUCGGCCAGUUACUGCUAUGCCAGUCGUCAUUUAAGAGGAUCACACAAGUCCCAUGAGCUUGCAAAUUGUUUCAGCGACCAAGAUCUGGCGGAAUCGGGCGAAAAAGUGGCGCAGCGUUUCGUUGGUCACCGGAUGGACUGGAAUAAGUACAGCUCUGUGAAGCUGGUGGAGCAGCUGGAGAAUCCUGAAAAGAGGAAAAGGCGUAAGAGGAACCCACAAGUCAGCUGCCCAAACUACGAAGUUAUUUCAAAAGGCAUAGACAUAUCCGAGCGCUCCAUCUCACCCUGGACCUACAGGAUUGAUGUGGAUGAGGACCGCUUCCCCCAAAAGUUGGCCUUUGCCAAGUGCCUGUGCAACCACUGCAUCAGCACCUUUACCGGAAAAGAGACCAGCUCCUUGAACUCUGCCGCUGUUAACCAAAGCAUGCUGGUGCUGCGGAAGGAAACCUGCCCACACAACAGAAACAUGUACACGUUCAGGAUAGAGUACCUGAACGUCCCCGUGGCCUGCACCUGUGUCGUACCUCUUUAUUAAUAGAAAUGAUCUCUCCUAUGGAGCGCCUCCAAUUACCAGACCCAACGUUGUGACUAUGUCACAAAAAGUUUGUUUGUUUUAAAACAUUUCACUGUUUAUCCUGAGCUUUCAGCGGUGGCCCCUCCGUGGUGUCGAUGUUCGUCCUGUGUCGGGGGCCACCGCAUUUUUCAUUUUUUUUUGAUUCUCAAAAUGGAUCACUGGUUGGUUCACAGAAUCAUGUAAAGUAGACUUCUCCGGUAUUCACGAGAAUUCUUUCCUUGCAUAGUGUGAUUAAUGCUUUUUUAUUUUUGGGGUAUAAAUUGUAUAGUGUGAGAGGAGUAGGAUUAUGGGUUCAGCUGUGAACGUGGCUGUCCUUUCCAAAUCUCUUUGGACUGAGCGGAAAAUAACUUCCAUUUUUUUUGUGGAAAUUAAGGAGCCUUAUCCCUGGUGUGUUAGCUUUGUGAAUUGAGCCUUAUGUCUUAUUGUAUGGUGGAUGGGUCUGUGCAGGCCGAGCAGCGCAAUGAAGUCCUUGAACUCUCGUUACCUGCACAGACCCUUUCAAUAGUCCCAAUGCUACAGAUCCACCAACCCUGAUACUAAACAACCUGAUCUUUAAUCCAAUGCCCUGUACACACGAUCAGGCUUUUGCCCGACCAAACUCACAUCGGAAUUCCGACGGAGGAAAAGAA